AUGCCCAAACUGUCCUCCAUUCGGGCCCAUAUUCUGAUGGGAAAUGCACUGCUGCCUGGCCCGGGGCAGGACGCCAGUGCGCACGCCGGGCGCGGCGGAAGGUCGCGGCCCAGGGCGGCUACUCCCGCCCUCAGGCGACCAGAAGGGUCCGGGCAGCGGAGUCUCCCCGCCUCGCCUCGCCCUAGGCCGUCGCCCCUCAACUCCUCCUCCGCGGGCUUCGCUCGUCAGGCCCGCCGGCCCUCCGCCCCCCCGGCCCGUGGCAGCGGCCGCCUCACCUACAACCCGAGGGUGGGCCCGUCCCGCUCCACCAAGGCAACGCUGAAGGUCUUCUCGAACCAACGCCGUCUGCGCCUGCGCGACCUCGCUCCCCGCCGCGCCUGCGCGCCCGUCGCUCCGGAGCGCGAGUGCGCGCGGUGCCGCGCCUCAGACCAGGCGCGCAGGGGGCCGCGGCGGACGCCUCCGCCAACUGCCCGGCUUCGCGUGCGCGUGCGCAGGAGGCCCCGCAGGCGGGUGACCGGCGCGGGUUGUGGAAAUGGCCGAAAGGGCUUGAGGACCUUCGCUGUGCCCGGAGGCGCCGUUCUCGCGAGAACGUGCCGGAGCCAUGGCUACUGUUCCCUGAAGGUGCGCGGGCAGGGCGCCAGCAGAGAAGCAGGGCGGGCUCUGCAGACACGAGCUGCAAGCCUGAGUGUCGCUCCCAGACCCUGCCACCCUCUGGUGGAUGACUUGCAGAUCUUUAUGGGAACUUUACAGGUCAACUAUAGUUUUUAAAAUUUGCCUGAGCACUGAGGUGAGAGAUUUGAUGGAGGCAUCCCAUUUAGGACCGAGUGUGCCAAGGCCUCUCACUCUCUGAACAUUGCCCAGGUGUGAGUCCGUAUUAGUUCCCAUCUUCUGUCGGAGGAAGCUUCUCUGAUGAUAGCUGAAGACGUUCCGAUCCAUGGGUUGUUGCAAGAUAUUGGCUCACAUUUAGAACCUCCCUACUGUGUAUUGGAAAAACCGUGUUGUGCUGUGACUCAACCCUACUAAAUAAAGUCACCGACAGGUCAAGAGGUAGAGCAAGCCACCAACUGAGAGGAAGUGAGCAAAAAUAAUUAGAAAGGACAGUCUUUAAGAUGAAGAGUACUUAAGACAGCACAGAGAAGGAGAAAGCUUUUUCCUUCUGGAAUGUCAGAGGAGUAGGAAGGUCAGUUGGAUGCUUUCUCUGCCUCUCUGAGCUAGUGGGCUUUCACCACAGA